GCGGAUCACUGGUUAAAAAUUCCAGUGAUUCGCCUCUUGCGCAGAGAGAAAAAGGGAAAUAGCAUCAAGAAAUAAAGCUCCAAAAUGGCUUUCAAUAAUAGAAACUUAGUACCUCUCCUGUGUUUCCUUACCUUUGUUGCAACAAUACAAAAAUCCUAUGCAGGUAUUGCUGAAUUUGAUGACUACUUGAAGAAAAAGGAUGAGUUUGCCUUGGAGAGUUCUUUCAAGGCAUAUGAUCCUCAUCCUGAAGCAGUCACAGAUCAAUUUAACAAGCAAGUCGGGGAGGUAUUGACAAGUGGAAAUGUGACAAGAAGGCAUCUAAAAGAAGGUGAGUGCAUGGCCACAAACCCUAUAGACAGAUGCUGGAGAUGUGACCCUAACUGGGCUAAAAACAGGAAGAAGCUAGCCGAUUGUGCACGCGGCUUUGGCCACCAGACUCACGGUGGUAAAGACGGGAGGUACUACAUUGUAACAGAUCCGUCUGAUGAUAAUGUCGAGUUGGCAGAUCAGGUGGGGAGGGCUCGGACCCUGGCUAGUUGGAGCCUCAGUUCCAUCAAAAAAACCCGUAACGAAGUCAGUAAGAAACUAGUUGAAGAUCUUUCUUGGCGGAACGAAGCAAUCGGACGACAGAACUAUGUAUGCUCUGUAUUAUCGGAAAACCAUUCCAUCCUUGACGCAGGAAUAAGAGUGGUCCCGCAUUUCAAUCUGAGAAAGAAAGAGAGUCUCUCCCUAAAGUCUCAUCCCACCGCGAACUCACAAAGGGGUGUUCCAAGGACGGCAAAAGAAAGCUAA